AUGAUGUCCGGUGGAUGGAAUGAUAGAUCUUGGUGGCCUGAGCCAGAUGAGGCUGAUGUUUCUCUAGCAAGGGAGAAUUUGGACCAGAUUCUUGUUGCUUACAAGGAAAAUCCAGAAAAAGUAAAGGAAAGCUUAAAGUAUAAAGAUGAGGUAAUGAAUCGGAAAGAAGUUUUGGAAAAAGAGAAAUACAGAUCACCCUUAUACAAGGUUGGGGGCGGCGAAGUGAAACGCAGGAAACGGGGAAUAGCAUCGGAUGAAGAUGACGCACCAAAGGAAUCAUUUGUCAUCAAAGUCUUUGAGAGGAGCGUUGACUUUGGACAAUUCCCAGAAAACGCCCCACUUUACCCUAUGGCUCGGGCUUGGAUUCGCAAUCUUAGUCAAACCGAUAAGUCGUCGUGGAAUGACAUUCCGAAUGCUGACGACGAUCGAGAAGCCGCUGACCAGCUACCAGACUGUCAUUAUGCCCUGCCAAAGCCGAAUGAUGGCCUCACCGAUAGUCAAGUGCGUGUUCCACAGCCUCUGCCCUCGUCUGGCCAGCCUUUUGUAAUAAACGUUGAGAAUCCUCCGAAGGAGAUGUCUCCAGAAGGCUUACUAGAACAGCACAUAACACGCUGGCGUGAAAUUCGUCGAAAGUGGAAAGCGGCCUGCAGAGAAAACGAAGAGCGCUACCGAGACUCUUAUAUCAUUCUGCGGGAAAUGUAUGACAAAUUUUGUAAGGACCUACCGUAG